AUGUUAUCGCGUAAACGGUGUUGUUCUGGUGUGCUCGAUACAUCGGAGACGGUAGUGACUGCGGCGGUGUUUGAAGCGCCGGUGGCGGGAUGUGGCGGCGGUUGCGGUGGCGGUGGUGGCGGCGGCGGCGGUUGCGGCGGCGGUUGUGGCGGCGGCGGCGGCGGUGGUGGCGGUGGAGGCGGUGGUAGUGGAGGUGGCGGUGGUGUUGUUGUGGUAGUGAAGGUGGUGGUGGUGGUGGUGGUGGCGGCGGCGGAGGUGGAUGUAGUGGAUGUUUUUCAUGCAUUAGCUCGAAAUGUUCACACAACAGAAGGUGAGUACACGAUCAGUAUUUUUGACACAACCGGACAGCAUGACUUGGAUGGAUUACGUCAUUAUCCUUAUGCGCAAAGCGAUGUGGUUAUUGUCUGCUACUCCGUCAUCGACCGGACUUCUUUGAGCAACAUCUCACAGUUCUGGAUGCCAGAAAUUAAGAAGUACACAAAGAAACACACACCAAUCAUUCUCGUUCCAACACAGAGUGACUUAAAUGAUGCCAAAUUUACGGCUAUUAGACUGAAUGAAGGAAUAUCUUUAGCAAAUGAAAUUGGUGCCUUCAGUCUGGUGGAAACGUCUAUGUACGAUUUCAGAAACGUGUCUAAACUCUUUGAAAUUGUUGCCAUGGCAGCAAGUAAAAAGAGGAAGAAUAUUAUAUCAAAACUUUUUAGGAGGUGA